GUUGCUCGCACUACCCCACUCUACAGUUUUCUAAUACCAAUACUAAACAAACCAUUAGAAAGUGUAAACUAUCUUGUUACAACAAGACAUGACAGCUGACAACGUUGAUAGUCAGUGCUGGAAUUUGGUGAAUAGUGACUAUAACCACUGAGGAGCAUGAGAAAACAAUGUUGCGAAUUUUUUCUAGUUUUUUUCCUGGAUUUUCGCCCGGAGACAACACGCGGGGAACCAAUACAACUUUCAGGAGUACUUCACGAUCAAACGAUCAGAUGAUCGGCAUGUAGAUCAAUCAAUCAAAUCAGUGAUUAAAUCGUCCUUAAACUAACGCUGUGAUAAACAAUCGAUUUUACAAUCUGCCCUCGUCAAUGCUACAGUAAAGGAAAGGGAUGAGAGGAUGGAAGGGGGUAGGGAUGAUGUGAUCAUGAACGAGUUUAAGAAACUUGAAAAGCUUCUACGAGAUCAGGUGCUGGAUACUAAACUGAGAUUUGAGAACUUGCAGAAUCAGAAUAAGAAUAUUAUGAGUCGAAUCUCACAGGUGGAGGAUAUGAUUUCAAGAAAUAUAUUUGAUCUGAUGUCAGGAUCAGAAAUAUUAAACAACAAACGGAAAGGAAAACCUCCAGCUAUUCAGAAAGGGUCCAGGUCCCAUGAUAUUCUGCGUAUGUCUGAUGAGAAUUUAUGGGAGCCUGGUCUAGAACCUGGUAUCAAGGAUAGAGGGGAACUUAGCUGGGAACCUGGCCUGGAGUCUAGGAUAUCAGAACCUGGAGAACCUGGGGAAACAGGGGAACCAGGAGAACCAGGAGAACCUGUUCCUGGAUCUAAACAGUCUCUAGUCGGACCUUUUCCCUCCUCACCUUCUCUAGAAUAUCAAUCUACAGAUGAACCAAAGUUUUUACAUGCUGUUGGAUCAUCAGUGAGUAAAGAAGAAGGUGGUGGUAGGAUAACUCAGGUUCGAACCUACUCCUCACCUAAUAUCAGACACAGUCAAUCCAUGGAUAUCAACACAACGCUCAGGACUCCUAAAGGAUUCCCUUCGACACACAGUUUCCGAGCCGAGCUAGUAGAAAGUUUACAGAAUAAUAUUAAUUACUUUAAACAUAUUUCUGGACCAAAUAAACAGAACACCUGGCAGAGUGCUGAUAAGGUCUACAAUGAUCUCUAUCCAAAGAAUAAUGCUCAAAAACAGAAUGUUGUAAGUCCAAUUCCAGUUCUUGAAAUGGGUCGGAGCGGAUCAUCUCAGAGUCAGCGGAGUAAAUUCUUGGACCAAACCAAACCUGACUCAGAGAGUAACCAACUAAACCUGGAACAAAAUAUGGAUGAGGAUGCUACAGUUUACCUCAAUGUUGGAGGGAAGAGGUUUGAAAUACUCUGGAAUACUCUGGGGCAGUAUCCAACUUCAAGAUUGGGUCGUCUGUAUAGCUGCAGCUCCCAUACAGAGAUGCUAGAAAUCUGUGAUAGAUACAUUUUAACUGAUUGUGAAUUCUUUUUUGAUAGAUCUCCGCGCCAUUUUGAAUCGAUUCUAAACCUGUACCGGACUGGACAACUCCAUAUGAUGGAGGGUGUUUGUGUUCAAGCCUUUGCCGAGGAAUUAGCAUAUUGGGGACUAGAUGAUCUCCAUCUUGAGCCAUGUUGCAUGUACGCUUUCUACCGAAUGAAACAAUUUCUACCUGGGAACAAGGAGGAGGAGAAGGAGGAGGUUGAUGAAUUCGGACCGAGUAGAUUUAAUCGAGCUCGGAAGUGGGUUUGGGAGAUGUUCGAGGAACCGAACAAGACAAAGUUGGGCAAGGUGAUUGCUGUAAUAUCAAUUGGAUUUGUGAUAGUUUCUACUUUGGCCUUAAUACUUAGCACCAUACCAGCCUUUCAGGUAACUGAUCCAGACUCUAACGAGACCAACGAGCAUCCUGAUUUUGCUAUAUCUGAAGCUAUUUUUAUAACAUGGUUUACUGUAGAAUACGUUAUCAGGUUUAUUGCGUCCCCUCAGAAAUGGAGAUUUAUAAAGGAAGGGAUGAAUGUAAUUGAUCUGCUAGGAAUAGUCCCUUAUUUUGUAUCAUUAGGACUCUCAAACAUGAAGAGCUCAGGAGAAUAUCAGGAUGAGAUGAGACGGAUUGCUCAAGUCUUCCGGAUUAUGAGAAUUCUUAGAAUUUUUAGAUUAGGUAGGCAUAUAACUGGUUUACAAACCCUGGGGGCAACUCUGAAAGCAUCAUAUAAAGAGCUUGGAUUGCUUGCUCUAGUUGUUAUCAUGGGAAUGUUGAUCUUCUCCGGGUUGACCUUCGUGGUGGAGAAGGACGCAAACCCGGACGAGUUCAUUUCUAUGCCCGCAGCCUUGUACUGGGCGAUCAUUACCAUGACCUCAGUGGGGUAUGGAGAUAUCACGCCUAAGACUUGGUUUGGCAAGCUAGUUGGUGCCUGCUGUGCUAUCAGUGGAGUUUUGAUAAUCUCUCUCCCAAUACCUAUAAUAGUUAACACAUUUAACAAACUCUACGAGAAAGCAAAGAUCAAAAACCAGAUUAUGAAGAAAAAGAAAAUGGCGGGCUGGCAGGAUUUUAAGAAAACCGGUUUUCAGAAACCCGCGACGUUUUCCAUAUCUGAUCCACAAGAUCAAGAUGAAAUCCGAGGCACUAUCCCUAUUAUUAGGGUUAACGGAGAGGAUGGUGGAUGUGAGGGCUAUGAUAACCAUUGGACUGGUCUAGAUAAGACGACAUUUAAUCAUAAGAACUCAACCAACCAAUUGGUUAAACGAUCUAGAGGAUCUCUAGAAGGAGGGAAGGAAUCCACAGGUUUAAAAGCAGAUGUUGUAAACAUGACAAAUAAUGCAGCUUCAAGUUCUACUGACAUGGGCCUUACCCAGUAUAAUACAAGCUUCUGAUCCACGCUUAGG